AUGUGUACCUGGUGGGGUGAGGUUAGCUCAGGGUACAUUUCUGCAGAGAAGAUUAAGCGCAAGGCUCCUUAUCAUAACGAAAUUCCAUGUAGCUCCCAUAAUCUUCCAUUUGUUUGUAAGAGAGAAAGGUCAGAGGAUCCAGAACCCAUCUCUUUAGUCCCAGAUAAAAAAUCUAAGCAUAAUGAUCCCAACUCUAGCCAUGCAAAUGGCUCGGAAGAUUCAACUACAACAAGUAAGGAUCUGACGGUCAAAACAACCACUACGAAUUUUUCCUCAGCACUCUUGGAAUUCCCUUUGCUAGAAUCUAUUGAAGCCAAAGAAAGUCUUCCAGUUAACGCACCUACAUUUGAUUCUUCUAACCUCGAGAAAUCUGUGCCUCCUGGCUAUUUGAAAUUUAUCAGCAAUUUAGAGAAUGAGAUCCUUAAUGUUUCAAUGGAGAGGGAGACAUUGAAGAUUGAAGUGAUGAGGGCCCAAGCCAUGAUCAACGUUCUUCAAUCACGGAUUGAUCUUUUGAACAAGGAAAAUGAGGACUUGCGAAGGCACGUUCGGGGUGUCUAG